AAUUCACUAUUAUCAUAUAACCAUUCCCCACAGCUAAUAUACCUUACAAUUUUGGCAAUUGUAAAUUCUUAUUAGAGUUCCCCUACUUUUUUUGAAGAGUAUAUAUUGAUGGGGCGUUACGUGGGAAGUUUCCCUUCUGCCAUCCUGUUUUUGUUAUGUAUUGGUGGGACGGACACUAUUGAGUCCCUCUUUAUCAAAUGAUAAAAAUUCUAUGUUUACUUUCUUUUUCAGUACUUUUACAAUGUUAGUACAUUUUUGCGUGGAUUACCAUUUUGCUUUAUUUCUUAGUCAUCCCAUAUUAUCGUUUAUUCCUAAGUCACUCUAAAUUGGUUGUUUUCAUAGACAAAGAGUUGUAUUUUAAUUGAAGUUUUUAAAGAAUGUUAAUUGCAUCUUGCAGAAAAAUAUUCUGAAUGUUGAAUGUUGUUCUGUCAGAGCAAUAUUCAAUACUGAAUGUUGAACGUUUAAUAUCGAACCAACUUUCACUUCCCUAAUUAAUCAUAGUGACACGCCGAUUUAUAAAGUCAACGGAAUAGGCCUACUCCUCUUUUUUUCUCUCUUUUUUUUUUUUUUUUGAUCACUGUAGAAUUUAGUAAAACAAACUUAGCUGGAAUUUUAGUUACAGUGACACAUGUAUAAUGUAGGCCUACAAGUGGCGCUCAGGGCACGUGCCAUACCUGCCAUACCCUAUGUACGUCACUGCCUACACGGGGGGGGGGGGGGGGCGUUUUCUGUAGGCCCCUAUUUUUCUUUGAAAAACAUAUUUUAAGAUGUUAGCUUAAUACUACCUAUGUAUAAAUUGCAUACCUUCUGUCUCGGUUUUUUUUUUUUUUUUUUGUUUCUGUGUGUUGUUGUUUUUACACGCCUGUCAUACAUAUAAAGCCUACACCCCUAUUCCCCCAUCCUCGUCCCUUGGUAGUGAUACGUGCCUUGCACCUAUUUCACAGUCUUUGUGUUGUGCACUAUUAUUUUGGUUUAUAAAAAAUUACACGAAUCUAAUAUUAUUAAUGUUGUUUUUGAUAAAAUGUUAAGCAGCUUCAACAUGAAAGUACAAAAUAAAAGUUAAUAAAACAACAUAAUAAAAAUAAUUUCAUUCGCAAUAUUAACCAAUGAAAUCGCCGAAUUCCUUCUGUGCACGGAUCAACAGGUACACAGCAAAACGCGGAAGUUAACUUUUUCAAGAGGAAACGAAUUGAGUCACGACGUUAUUGGUAUCAUAAAUCGCAGAAUGUGUUUUGCUAGUUUGUUUUCAUAAAUACUGUCUGGAAUUAUGUCUGCAUUGUGAUGUAGGUGGACUAGAAGCAGUAAACAUCCAAUGUUUAAAUCAUUCAACACAACAUCAUCCAUAACAUCUGAGCACACACAGCAAAAGAAAUGGCGGAACAGGGCGGGCUAAAUUCUCCACCUCCCCAGUUACCACCCAAACACAGUGCUCCAUCAUUCAGGGAGAAGAAAGAUGUUUUGGGGCGUGCCAGUUUGAUAAACAAACCUGUUCCGAAGCCGAGAACACGAACAAGGACAACUCACAAGGCGGGUGUUGCUGAGAGUAAGGUACCCACAGCUCCAGACCGCCCUGUACCAAGGCCACGGACUAGAACGCAAUCCUCGGAAAAUAUUUUUCUCCCAAAACCAUACCUGGAAUCGGAUCUCGAUUCUUACCGAGGAGGAAAUGCUAAUAAAAAUGAUUCUCCACAAACAGCAAAUAUAGUAUCAGAUGGUGUUUAUGGUAAUGUAACAACAGAUGAUGAUGAUGUUUAUGUCAAUUAUGAGGAAAGCGAAUUUAAGAUACCCAUUGAUGCUGAUGAGGCGGGCAGGAUGGUGGAGGAUAUGGUCAAUGCACAGUUUGCAAACUCGAGUGAUGCUUGUAAUAAUUCAGUGUUUGAUAGUCACGAACAGACUGCUCGUAAUUCUGGUGGUAACAACUCACAUUCAAAAAAUAUCCCAGUCCAGAGAGUAGAGGCCAUUCAGAGAAAAUAUGGACAGCCAAUGACAUCAGAUGCUGAAAACAGCAGCAUUCACCGAGAAACCCCUCAUUCAUCUAAAGGAACCGAAAAAAAUAAUACUGAAAAACAACCUAUUUAUGACAUCCAAGAAUUCAUAGGAAACAGACCAGGAAAGCCCCAUAUGAGCCCCAUUUUGAUUCCUAGUAAAAUUUCAUCCCUGCCUUCUAUUCAAGAACCAGAUACAAACACAAAUUUGGUAUUUGUUUCUGGAACCACCACAGAUUCUUCUGCAGAUAUUCUAGGUGAAAGCUCUAUUAAUGACCAAACGGAUGUCACAUCCAAUUUUAGUCCAGGUGAUGAUGAAAGCACAUAUGAGCCUGUCUGGUUUCCCGAAGUACCCAACUCAGAUUUAUUGACAUUUUCUUCUGCUGCUAAUCACAGCAGUCAUCUAGCGUAUAAGGACAACAAAACACCGCCAAGUAAUGCUCAAAACAUGCCUAGACCACUGGUUGUUGCAGCAGCUGCUGAACCACCUUGCCGGUCGAGGGAUACUGUGACAAAGUUGAACAUUGUAGAACAGUGGGGCGAAUAUGCCAAACUAGACCCCAGUUCAUCUCUCUGUUAUGAGCAACCACCUCCAGUGUAUGCCCCACCACCUCUUCCAGGCAACGUCACAAAGAGCGUAGCACCUCCAGUGCCACCCAGACCUUGCAAUGAACCAGAAUCAACCAAUUGGACAAGCUCAAAUUCUGGCAGUAACUUGAACCAGACGGCCUGGGCAGCAUUUGAUCAUGUCUCAUCUUCCAAACCUGGUAAUAAUACUAGUUUUGAAGAUCCACCUCCAUCUGCGAUUUUCCAAGAAUUGGCGACACCCCAGAGCAACUUCUAUCAAGAUGAUCCCUUUAAAUAUUCUGACUUUGCCACUGAAUGUGCUGACUUCAACAAGGCUAGUGAUGUCCAACAGCAAGGUUUUGGUGGACCACAACCACGAGCACCAGUAGCAGCUUCAGAAGACUUUGAUCCUUUCAACAUCAAAGGAGAGCAGACGAGUGACAUCGGCCAAACUUCUUCGUGGACAAGUCCAGCAAGUUCCAGCUCUUUCGAUUCCCUUCGCAUGAGCAUGGUCCCGCCACCCCCUGGAUCUCAGACUUUUGGCAGGCGAGACAUACCAGUGGAUAAUUUAUAUUCAAUGGAAUUAGAAACCAUUCAAGAUGUUGAAAGCAGUGAUAGCUCAGAUGAGAUGUAUCAAAAUACUGAUAUGAUCCCUGGUAUGGGGAUGGCUGUUCCUAUAGUGUCCAGUCCAAAGCCGAAAGCAUCAGAAAGAUAUGGAUAUUUAUACAAGCAAGGAGGAGUGAAGGCAAACAAGGGAUGGCAGAGGCGUUGGGUUGUAUUCAAUGGCUCUGAUUUAAGAUAUUACGUCAACAAUAAGAGCCAGAUAUCUAAGAGAGUGAUACCAUUAUCCUGUAUGCAGGAAGUGAAGCAUGAUGUACAAAGUAAAGACAAAGAUCGAUUCAAGUUUAUCCUUGUUACAAACCUGGGUGCUAAAGGAAGGUCAUUUCAGUUCUACUCUGAAACAUUAGAUGACUCUAUAAACUGGACCAGUACUUUGAUGGUUGCAAUCAAUAACUAUCAGAAAAAUCAGGUCGUUUCGGACGUUUCUGUCAACUCCACUACAGCACCAGACAAAGAGGGUUUUGUGAGGUUUGAACCGGGAAAAAGAUACUAUGUGUCAAUAACAGGAAGCAGGCUGUGUUACUAUCACUCUUUUGAGGAUUACAAGUUACAAUCACCAGUACACGAGAUUCGCAUGGAGCUGGCCUCUGUGAAGAAUGUCCCCGGCCACAGAAAAUGCAAACUGCAACUGACAACUAACUAUGCAUCUUUCAUCCUGGCAUUCGAUAAUGUCACUGACACCCUGCUGUGGAAGAUGGCAAUGGAAGAUGCUAUUGCUGAAGGCCUGGCAGAUGACAGUGUUUUAAUGAUGGUCUACAAGAAUGACAGCAAUAAGAUUUGUGCCGAUUGUGAAGACCCCAAUCCUCACUGGGCAUCAAUCAACUUGGGUAUUGUUCUGUGUAAAAAAUGUGCAGGUAUUCACCGCAUGUUUGACUACAGAAUUUCUAAGAUACGAUCACUGAGAAUGGACACCCGAGUGUGGACGCCAAGCUUGAUAGAGAUGAUGAUUUCGAUAGGCAAUGCCAAUGCCAACAACUUCUGGGAGUUUGACCUGCUGCCUGAACUUAAGAUAGAGCCCAGCUGUAACGAUAUGAAGAGAAAGCAGUUCAUCCAGGAAAAGUACAAAGACAAGAAGUUCAUCAGACCGCAUCGGCACCAGCAUGAUGCCCGUUUUCUUAAUGAGGAGCUGUUGCGGCUUGCCGAGACCGAUCAGUUACUCGAUGUGAUGUCAGUAUAUUUGUCUGGUGCAAACAAUUGCCAAAACCAUCGUUUGUCAUAUUGGUCAAGAUUUAUUAAUUAUAAGAAACCUGGUAAUACAGAUGAAGAACAUGGCACUGCUUACCAAAUAGCAAAAGAAGCAGGACAAAGACUUGUUAUGGAAUUUCUCUAUCAGAAUGGUGGUGACAGUUCGGCGUCUGACCUAGAAAAUUCCGAUGAUGGAAGACUAAGGGAGGAUGUUAGAUUGCAGGGACAUUUAAUGAAGACUGGCCCAAAUAACAGAGGCUUUGAAAACAGAUGGUGCAUUCUGGAACAUGGUGCUUUAACAUACUACGAGAAAAUGGAGAGCACCAAGUCUAAAGACAGCAUUGACCGCAAGAUGAUUCUCUGUGUCCAGGAAUCUACUGCUGGCAGUGAAAGACAAAUUUCAGCCUUUGAACUGAGUACCAAGAAAGGAGCAAACCGUAUUUAUUUAUUUGGUGCAGAGAACAAGUCUGAAAGAGGACUGUGGAUGAGAACCAUUGCCAGGCUUAUUUGCCCAGUCUCUGUGAUGGAUCAUGUUGGAAUGAUGGAUUUCUCUCUGGCUGGUAACUUCUACAUGAAAAACCUCAUUACAGAAGACUGGAGAAAAACAUGGUUGAUGCUUAACUGGAGAGUGUUAUAUUUUGUAACUGUGGAUUCCCAGCUAGAAACUAUUGAUUUGAGGAAAGCCAAAGGAAUCAAAUAUGCCGACACUGGGAGCUGUGAGUCGUGUAUGGAACAUGGCAAACACUUCGUCAUUGAUACUCAUGGAAGGCAUCUGUAUUUCCAGGCAGAUCUGGUGCGGGACACCGAGAAAGCAUUCACUGCACUUGAAAGUGCUAUUAAAGUGAGUGGGACCAGUCUCUCUGACCAGCAGCUGACGGCCGAUGAUGUGCCGGUGAUCGUCAAUAACUGUAUUGGACACAUUCAGGUCCACGGAAUGAAAGAUAGAGGUAUUUAUCGGGAAGCUGCCACAAACAGUCGUAUAGAGUCAUUACUUAACAGACUGAAAGCAGAUGUUUACUCGGUCAAGUUGGAAGAGGCGAGCUGUAAUGAAGUAGCGAAUGCCCUGAAAAGGUUUUUUCGCCAGCUGGAAGACUCGCUCUUCACUCGAGACCUCUAUAAAGAGUGGAUACGAACAGCAGCCAUUACAGACAUGAACAACAAACUUGCAUGGUAUAGAUAUCUGCAUGAUAAACUGCCAAUAGUCAACAAAAAUACACUGAAGAAACUCAUUCUACAUAUGUGGAAAGUUUCUCAGUAUUUCCAGGCCAACAUGAUGAGUGUAGAAAACCUGGCCACUUGCUUUGCCCCAUCACUGAUGAGAACCGAUUCAGACAAUACCGGUUCAAGCCAUGCAGCGGGGCUGCCUCUCGAAAUGGCUGUGGUUACUGAUCUCAUGAAGAACCAUGAGUACAUCUUUCAGAUUGAGGCUAGUGAUCAGAAAGACAGCUUGAUAGACGAAGCUGCAGCCAAGAUAGCAAAGGCCAAUUUGAAUCAUGCAGGGAGACCGCAAUCGUGUGUGUUUAGUGACAUGAUGAUUCCAUUUCAUGUGAUGGACAGCAAUGGACAGAGUAUCAAUGUUAAGGUCCAUAACACAAACACAGCGGCAGAUAUUCUGUUGCAGCUUAGACGCAAGAUACCCAACUCGGAAGAUUAUGUUAUUUAUGAGGUGCUAAAGAGAGGUGCAAUAGAACGCCCGCUGUUGUCGUUUGACUACCCACUGUCAGCCAUGAUGGAAUGGCAGAACUGGGAGGAUGACAUCCGAUCAGAAGUGAAAUUCAUUGUGAAAUCAAACAAAACACUAAAUGAAAUUGCCAGUGCUCAUGAUCCAGGAGCAUCGCUGUUUGCAGAAAUAAAGUGCUGUGCACCUGGUGAAAAGAAACUCAAGAAGAUGGCCUUCAAGUUUAUCCAGGCAAAACUCACCAGCUACAAAGAUGCUAAAUCUAAUCAUUCAGUGGAUGAGUGGAAUGUAGAAGAUUUGAUCUUCUACCAUGGCGUCGAUCCCAAGAGAAUUGGAUCUGGGGUGUCAGCAAGUCAGUGUAUAACCUUUGUGGUGAAAGGAGAAAAGCAGAAGAGUUGGUUUGGCCGCUGUAUGGUGUUUCUAAGCUCGGAGGAGAAACUUAAGUGGAUGGCAGCUCUAAUGACUGCACAGCUUUCUGGUAAGAGUCUCACAUGACCAGGUGUGCCCUGAUUAAACACUACCUUGAACAGUACAGACCAGUAACCAGUAUCCAGCCUGGAUGCCCGAAUUCCCUGCAGGUUUACGCACUUGAAUAAACUUAUGUCAUCUGUGAUAUUUAUCAAAGCAACCAGUGCUGUUUGACCUGACACAGAUCAAAAUGCUGAUGGCCUGUGUAACAGCUGAAGUCUUUAUUUAUGGAAUAUCAAUACAGCUUAUCAGUUUUAUAACUAAUAGUUCCGGUAGUUAUGGCUGUGGAUUACAAACAAGUUUGUGGCCUUCUAAUGAAUACACAAAGUGUCACAAUUAUCGUGUUUGACACCUGAUACCUGCUGAUGAAACAAUGUGCUGGGGUGUCAUUACAUCAAUAUUCCUUCUUUUAUUCUUUACUUUUUUUUUUAGUUUCUAAUGGCCGUGUUAUGUUGAAUGGCAUUAGGCAGGUUGUACUGUGGAAGUCCUAUUUCUCCUGGCUAUUAAUUUACAACAACAACAAAUUGAGGAUUUCACAAGUGUUCUGCUGCUUGUCAGAAGAGGAAUGUUUUCAAGAUACAGAACUAGUGACUUUUUUUAUUAUUAUUAAAAAAAAUUAUAUGUUUUCAGCCUGAUUAGUUGCUAAGUUGAUAUAUCGUAGCUAUAUACGUAGCCUUGUUGGUGUUUACGUUGGCUAGAACACGAUUAAGAAACAUGUACACAGUGCAGUUCCCAUGUAGCAUUUUCGGUGGAUGGUGUGUAUAUUAUUGCCUGGUAGACUAAUUUACUGAGACACAAAGACUGUGAAGCAAUUGUUUAUAUUAAACUUUGUUUGUACUGCAUUGCCCUUAAACAGAAUGUUUGAGUGCUGAUCUUAACGAUAAACUGGACACUGAUUUCUGUUGAUGUCCAACUAAGUCAUACGGUUAAUAUUAAAUACUGUCAUAUCCAAUGCCAAUCUGUUGUAGAACGACUGGUGUAUCAGAGGUAGUGGUAUGUGCUGUCCUGUCGGUGGGAAAAUACAUAUAAAAGAUUCCUCGCAGCUAAUGGGGAAAAUGUAGCAGAUUUCCACCAAAACAACAAAUCAAAAAUUACCAAAUGUUUCACAUCCAAUAACAAAUGAUUAAUAAAUCAAUUUACUCUAGUGGUAUUGUUAAAAAAACCUUAAAAAAAACAUUUAACUGUGAGUAGGUUCAAAUCCUGUCAAUAUAAACUUUGUGUUUUUAUUUUUCAUACAUGUACUAUUUUUCAGAUAUUAAGUUUUAAUGAUAUAUUAUUGAAAUCAAAAUGCUAUCACUUAUUUGUUUAUAUCAUUUUAUGUAUUUUUAAAAAGAUUUAAAUGUCUGAGAAUUGGUAACCCUGAGAUAUAUGUCAAAAUUCUUUGUGAAUCUACAUCUUCUAUUUUAUAUGUGUACAGGCUUUCAAAUUUCAUGGAAAUUAUCAUUUCCAGUAGUUUGUUGGUAGUGUAUCAGUAAAAUCACGGAACUCUAUCAUCAUGUAAGACAAUCCACCAUUACCAUUAUUUUUGCGGCUUCUCGUGAUUACCAUAAUCUUUAAAAUCCUACGGCCUGCUGUAUUGGGUACCCAUAACAGCCACUUAAAAACAUGACCUUUCAUAGAUGUUGUUUCAGCCUACAAAUUAUAACAUGUAUUAUAUUAAGGACAGCUGCUAUAAACAAACCUUUUGUUAUUGAUUAUGGUCAUUUUUUAAAUUGUAUUAUUGCACAUUCGCAAAGGAAUUCAAAGUGCCAUCUCGGUCAAUCUUUAUGGAUGAUGUUUAAAAUGAAUUGGUGUGUAUAUGGUUAUGUGAAAUGAUAGUUCCGAUCUGGAGGAGCCUGUAACUGUGGUUCCGAUCUAGUGGGGCUGUAACUGUGGUUCCAAUCUGGAGGGGCUGUAACUGUGGUUCCGAUCUGGAGAGGCUGUAACUGUGGUUCCGAUCUGGAGGGGCUGUAACUGUGGUUCCGAUCUAGUGGGGUUGUAACUGUGGUUCCGAUCUAGUGAGGCUGUAACUGGUUCCGAUCUGGAGAGGCUGUAACUGUGGUUCCGAUGUGGUUCCUAUCUGGAGGAACCUGUAACUGUGAUUCCUAUCUGGAGGAGCCUGUAACUGUGGUUCCGAUCUAGUGGGGCUGUAACUGUGUUUCCAAUCUAGUGGGGCUGUAACUGUGGUUCCGAUCUGGAGGAGCUUGUAACUGGUUCCGAUCUGGAAAAGCCUGUAACUGUGGUUCCGAUCUGGAGGAGCCUGUAACUGUGGUUCCGAUCUGGAGGAGCCUGUAACUGUGGUUCCGAUCUGGAGGAGCCUGUAACUGUUGUAGAGCACUCACCUAAGGUGUGAUGGGUAUUAAGAUCGAUUGUCUUUGGUUGACCGGUUGAGGUUUGCCUCAGCCCACCCACUACCCCAUGACUGCUAUAUCAAAAGCUGUGGCAUGCUGUCAUUAGACAUUGUUGUUUAAAGGGAGCUAUCACUUUACUCCCCUUCACUCUUUAGACCAGUUCAGGGAGAGUAAUUUUCAGCUCUUUAUCAUGCAAUUUUUUUUUUUCAAGUGCUAUAAAAGUAUUAAAUAUAAAUGCUUAAUAUGAUGAUAUCUUUAAUGACUCCCAGUUAUCUAAGUAAAGCUGCAUUCUCACCGUGCAGUUUGUUGCACCGACGUGUCGCAUGCGAUUAGUCGUAAGAAAUAGGACAUGUUCUAAUCAGUACGACUUUGACACGACAUGGGUGUUCUCACAGUACAAUUUGAUCACAUUCGACAAGUCAGGGUGACUAAUUGUGUGAUGAGAACGCCACUUUAGGAUAGCAAUGAAACACGCUCCUCGGUUUGUUUUCACAGUGAAGUCUCUGUCCUUUCACUGGGAAUAUACUUAUGAAAGAGGUUUUACUGCUGUGUGGUAAGACUAGUCCAUGUGAUAUCAGCAGAUUUCUUAUCUCACUUCCGGGACCAAGUGAUCAUACUACAUGUAUGUUAAGACAACAUAGAGCCAUUGUUUAAAAUGUGCUGAGAUGUCGUUAAACAAACAUUCCUUUCCUAAAAGCUGUUAUUUGUUGUUUAUUGAAAAUGCGAAGAAUUGUUUAGUCUUAUUCUUGGAAUAUGAGUCAUAAAUCAUCUUUGAAAUACAUUCCCAAAUUUUCUCAGUGUUUAUACUUCAUUCCACUGCCAACUUACACUUCCACCGUGGCCAUUUUUAUAAUAUACAUAAUUUGUCAGUUUAAAAUAAACAUAAUAGUUGAAGUUUCCGUCGUCUUCUAUCUUUUUUUUUAGAAGUUGUUUCUUCCAUCUAGUUGAAAUGGUCAAAGUGAAAUAUAUUUUUACUGUUAUUUGUUAAUGUAUAAAGAGGGUUCUAAAAUUGUGCAAUAAAAAUAAAACUGAAACCAGAAUCGGAUUUACAUUAAAAAAAACUAGCACGUUUAAAAGCAUCGGCCAAACAGACUUCCACGUGUAUAUGCUACGUUCUUUUCGAGAAUUAUUGUUUUUAUAUUGCCAAAGAUAGACAAAAACAACUUAUGUUCUCUGUUACUGGAAAUGUUAAUGGCAUUACUGUCGACAUCUAUUAGCUGAUAUCGUUAUUCAUGUUUGGUGUCUAUAAACUUACAUUAAUUCAUUCCUUGGGUAGCUUUCUACUGAAGCCACUUCUGUUUAAUUGUAUAUGUGAAUAUAUCGGAGUGGAUUUGUGUACAAACCAUAGUUAGCAUUUUUUACAUUUUCUUUUUCAUUUUAUUUGUGAUAAUGAUAAACUGAAACUGAAAAUAAAAAUUGUUCGCAGCUGUUUUAUUUUUCUGCAGGGAAUGCUAUGUAUCUGCAGUGCAGAUUUUUUCAGGAAAAUGUAUAAAUAUUUGCACUUACGUAUUGGUAACAUUCCGAUUAAUUUUAUUGGGCAUUGCUAGCUUAACCCAGUUUGACCAAAUAAUCAGGUGCAAGUUUUACGAUUGAGUAAAACUGAGUCCAAGUCAGAAUUACUUCUCUGCUAUUUUCGUGGUCCUUAUACACUAAUGAUUUGUUAACUUAUAAUUCAGUAAUACUUUACCAAACUUUAAUUAGUAUUGAUAUAAAGAAAUGUACCACUGCUAGGAAUAUUUACCGGUAAAUAGUUUUAGUAUUUUUUCCUGUAAAAAUUGAAACAAAUCUCAAAAUCAAAUAAAGCUAUUUAUGUCAUAUUGGAAUGAUUUAGUUAAUAGUUUUAACAAAGACAACAACUUUCACCUCAAAGGUGUUGGUAUAAAGUAGCAAACAAAUAUAAAUUUACAAAGCAUAAUGAAUAUUGAAGCAAGUAUUAAUACUUUGGGGCUGACUGAUGAAUGAUGACAAAGUUUCAGCCAAUUCUCUGUAUAUAAGUUCAGUCUUGUACAAAUACAGGCCUCUGAUAACUUGAAAUGUAUGUACUUGAACCGGUAACUCAUUUACGGAUUACACAAAAAUCAGGACCUCCUUUUAUGAAGCGAUCUUAGCACUAAGAUCACCUUAAGUGCAGAAGGUAGUUAAUUAUGCAUUUAAGGUGGUCUUGGUGCUAAGACAGGCUUCAUAAAACAUGUCCCAUGUAAACCAUUCAUUUUGUGUGACUGAUUAUGACCAUGUAAAUCAUAUCCUAAAUUUAAUGUGCAAAUGAAAAAUUGUUUUUGCGAAACUAGAUUUACAUGAACAAAACGAUUGUUAACAUAAAGUUCAGAGGCCUGCAGUUGGUCACCUUGAAUGAGCAACAAUCUGUUGCCACUUUGGAGGGACCAUCUUGAGUUUGCAGCCAUUGUAAGAUGUUUUCAACUAACAGAGCCUUUUUAGUGACUGAAGUAUCAUAAUACAUGUAAAUAAUAUAUUGGUGUACAUGUAUAUAUUGGCAGUUAUUGCAGCCAUUGCAAAAUAACUGUUUUUAAUGUAGGUUAUUUGUAUAGCUCAUUUAAAAAAAAAAAAACAUUUAAAAGACGAUAUUUGCCAAAUAGCUUCUUUUUUAAAUCAUAGUGACAUUUGUAUAGUUUUA